ACUGCUGAGGGCCGAGGGGGGCCGUGAGGAGCGGGGGGGGCUGUCAGGGGCCGAGAGGGGCCGCGAGCGCUCGAGGGACCCGCCGUGAGGGAGCCGGGACCCGGCCGCCGCCGCCGCCAUGCACGUCGUGAAGCGGGAUGGGCGCCAGGAGCGGGUCAUGUUUGACAAGAUCACGUCACGCAUCCAGAAGCUCUGCUACGGCCUCAACGCCGACUUCGUCGACCCCGCGCAGAUCACCAUGAAGGUGAUCCAGGGGCUGUACAGCGGCGUCACCACGGUGGAGCUGGACACGCUGGCGGCCGAGACCGCCGCCACCCUGACCACCAAGCACCCCGACUACGCCAUCCUGGCCGCCCGCAUCGCCGUCUCCAACCUGCACAAGGAGACCAAGAAGGUCUUCAGUGAUGUGAUGGAGGAUCUCUACAACUACAUCAACCCUCACAACGGGAAGCACUCCCCAAUGAUCUCCAAAGAAACUCUGGACAUAGUUCUGGCCAACAAAGAUCGCCUGAACUCUGCCAUCAUCUACGACAGAGACUUCUCCUACAACUACUUUGGCUUUAAGGUAAAGAGCACAUUACUCAGACUGCUGGGAAGGAUGGGAAUGCUUGUGGAUUUGCCUGGGUUGGGGCAAGGGGGGCACUGGAGGAGGUGGGACAUCACUGGGUUAUGAAGGACAAAGAGUGAA